AUGGGGCUAUUCAGCGUUUUCUCUCGGUCGACACAAAACGGCGACACAAACAAACCUUCCGGAAUUAGACGAUCAUGGGCUUUGGUAGGCCCCGGAGGUUCUGAUGAGAUCGCUAUCAACCAUACCACCGACUCUUCAGAGACAGCCCUAGAGGGAAAGGAUUCAGCCGAUACCAACGACACCUCUGAAAAUGCUGUCGCUGCUAAAACCAAAAGCACGCUACCUAAGAAAAAUGACAAAGGGCCGAAAGAGCCUGCUCCGCCUACAGAUCCAAAAUCUACCGACGAUGGGACCUUAGAACCACGUUCGUCUGCUACAGAUUCGAAACACUCCGUGAGAGGGACCAGAAGAUUGGCCGGGUUUAUGACGCUCCUCCGUUCUCGAAAGGCUCAACGACAGAAAAUUCCUUCUGAAAUGUUGAAUAAAGCUGGACAGGUUGAAGCGUGCGAUAAUGUAGCUGAAGAUCGCCAGAAUAAUCCGACCACAGAGUGCACAGUCCAGGAAGCGAAUAGAUUGCAGGCCAACACAAAUGGCAAUGCUGAAACUCGAAAGGUUAGCGAUCAGACAGUUGACUCGCACAAGUCUCAUUGCACAGAAGUUACUGUUCAUCGUCAUCCUUCAAAGCGCACCUUGACCCCGAUUACAAUGGUGAAUCGGGAAGAUUUGUAUCAGAAUCCAUUUGACGAAGCUCAGGAAACCUCGCCAUCCGGGUCGGGAUCCAACCCAUUUACAGACCCGACGCGCACCACGACCCGUUCUAGCUUUGAGUAUAGUGACAACAGCUCGCAGCUGAUAUACCAGGCGGAUGUCAUCGAAAGACCGCAGAAUCCAAUUCCUCAGCAUGAGUGUUUCAGAACCAGAAGCUCAUCUAGCAAGAGUUCGCACUCCAGGAAAUUCUCAAACGGAAGUACUUGGUCGUGUCAUGACCAGUACGAUGCGGCUGUAGAGUUCAACCUAUUGGCCACCAAAUUGCACUUGAAUCCUUUGGAUCUAAGCCAUAAAAACAAGUAUAAGGACGAUGGGCGCCCAGCCAAUGAAACCCAUAUAAAUGUGUAUGACAGGCUUCCCAGGCGUCGUGAUAGGAUUUAUUGUAGGAUACGGACGAUGCGCUCGAGUCUGCAAUUGAAGCCCCCGUUAGUGCCUGGAGAACGCAGCGUGCGACGGGUCAGAACACAUGCCAACCUUUCCUCUCGUUCCUACCCAAUGACUUCACUGCGAGGUAAAUCUUUGGAAACUCUUGCUCGCCUUGGGGGACAUAGCUAUCUCAGUCUUUCAACCGAAUUUGCCCCAGCGAGACUCAAAUUACCGGUGUGCUUUGUGGCAACGGCAGUAUACUUGAGACGCCACGCGUCCGGUGUGCGGAAUGUGUUUUUCGACCCCGGUGACCUGAAAGCAGCUAUACGAAUGUACGAUCAUUUUGCUCACCAAGUCCUCACGGCAGAAAGGGAAAACGAGAAGAUUGAGGUGACGAUGCGGCGUGGUACGAUGCCUCUGGAUUUGGCAGGAAUGCUCGACGCAGAUAUUCCCGGGAAAAGCCCACCUCGUGCUCUCAGUGUGGCUUGGGUCUUCAAGUCUCUCCUGGCCGGGCUACCUGGGGGCAUUUUGGGCUCCACGCAGUUGUACCACGUGCUACUGAACAUUUACUACGGUCGCGUCUCGGAAUAUGAACUGGAGCGAGUAGAUAGUUAUCUCGAGGGGAUUUCAGCACCGGACAAUGAUAGAUCUAAAGCGAUAGCUCUUGCGAUUCUGGCAUUGACGAGCGAGUUCCAGCUGGAACUCAUCUGCGCGGUGUUUGGACUGUGCGCAAGUUUAUUGCACGAGACGGACCGGAUGGUGAUGGCGGAGCAAUACUGCGUGAGAAACGGCAUGCCAUCGAGUUUUGGGAUGGGGUUGAUGAAUAUAGAGGAACUAAGUUGGGUGUUUGGUACGCUGUUGAUGGGGACCGGACAGGAAGACAGACGGGACACCUUUGGGGUAAUCAAGCGGGAGAUUGAAAGCCAACGGGUCGCGUAUAUGGUGAUGGACCACUGGCGCAGUAUCUCUCGACAAUUUCGACGCUGGGGGAGGUAUGGAUAUCCGGGGCAGCGGGCGAUUUUCCGGUCUUGGUGCGGGGGGAGUCGAAGAACGAGCGAGGCCAGAAGCGACGAACCGGGCGAUGAGGAGAAGAAAUGA